AUGAUUACUCAUAAGUAUUAUCAAUACACACCCCAGUUCAAGCACAACGUCCUUGAAGAAUAUCGUCCUGGAGUUAUUGGUUGUGGUUUUAAAUCAUUAGCCAAACGGUUUAAAGUUAAAGGUGGUCACAAGCUGAUCAUGGGUUGGUACAAACGAUGGGAUGGUACUAUUGGUUCAUUAAAUCCGAAACCAAAACGUGGUCGACCACGUACAAUGACACUGCAAGAAGUUAAACAAUACAUUUUAGAAUUUGUUGAAUAUAUGAAUCGUAAACGCGCACAAAUUAAUUACAACUCAGUGCAAGCACAUAUUGAAUCUCAAUUAAAUAGAAAAGUACCAAUACGUACCAUUCGACGAUAUGGAAAAUCAUGUGCUGAUGAUGAUUAUUGGACCGCAAUUAGCGAAUUCCGAAAAUUAUUACGAGAAAUAAAUAAAGAUCAGUUAAUUUUUAUUGAUGAAGUAGCAAUCUACUCCACCAUGGUUCCACGACGAACUCUCGUUGCUUCUGGUCAACAACCGUUGAUAUUAGUACAAGAACCUUCAGCAUAUGCUAAAAGGUUCGAUUUUAUUGCAGCUAUUAAUGGUUCACAACCAAUUGCAUGUGGAACAUUUACUUCUGAACAACGUGUUAGUCUUCGGGUUAAAGGUUUUAGACAAAAAGUGAUCAAUCAAUGGAUAACUGAUGUAUUAGCACCAGUAAUCAAUCAAUUAGGUAUUAAGGACUUAUAUUUAAUUUGCGAUAAAAGUUCCAGCCAUAAUCGAGUCAGUAUGAUGCAAGCAUUACGAGCUGGCAAAUGUUAUCGUGUUAAAAAUAUUCUUCAUAUGCCAACGGGAAGUGCCAAAUAUAUAUCACCAUUAGAUAAUCCACUCUGGCAUUCUUUUAAAGAAACCAUUCGAAAUAAACAUCCAUUAAUUUUGUUCGAUAUACCUGCUGUAUUAUCCCAAACAUUCUAUUCUUUAUCAAGAUCCCAAGUGAGCAAAAAAUAA